GUCGCCAUGUUGUUUUUAAUGGCCGACUUGUCACUACAGUAGCCGUUUCCUUGUGGAGUACACAACUUUUUCUACAAGUUUAUCGAUAACAUUUCAAAUCUGGAAGAACUAAAAUCUGUCACAAUGCAUGGUCGGGGAGGAUUUCCGAUUAAAAAUGUUAUAUAUGCGGUUUUUAUUAUGUUGCUAAUAUAUAUGACGUAUCUGUACAACGGUUCGCAGAACCGUCUUCGAGACGCAGAGAUGAACGGAAUGCGUUUUAAACGGGAAUCUGAAGAAAAACUAACAGAAAUUCAAGAUCUUAUUAAAGCAAAAGACAGAUUUCAAGAAGCUUGUAAAAAUGAAAAGGGUGAACUAAAUAAUAGAAUCAAAUCAAUAAAUCAACAGCACACUAUGCUUCAGAGUCAGUACAAAGAGAUUGAGUCAGAUCUGAUGAAACUUAAAGAUGAUAUGGAAAAAAUGAGAUUGGAAAAUGAGGAUGAGAAGAGUCAGCACCUUCAAGAAUUCCAAACUCUGAAGCAGGAGAAAGAAAAUGAAAUAACAGCAUGUAAAGAUGAAGUGGCUAACUUAAAAAGAUCGAGUGACCAGAAGGUCAUUGAGCUUGAAUCUAAACUUGUGGAGCUGAAAAACAAAAUCUCAGAAGAUGAGUUAUCUAAAAUGAGUCUUUCUAAGAAGCAGCAUGAAGCGGAUGUUAAUCUUGCACAUAGUUUACAGAAAAACUAUUAUGCUCUUCAGGAAGCUCAAAAAAGUCUUGUUGCUGAAAAUUCUAGACUUCAACAAGCUCAUAACCAGCUUCAGCUAAAUAACCAACAGCCACCUAGAGCUGUAGAAACAAAGAUCAAUAUGGACCCAGUAGGCAAUAAUUUUCUGAAUGGACCAACUGCCGCAGUGCAGAAUAUGAAGAUUGACAACCUAGACAGAGAGCAACAGAAAGACAAUCUAGAUCAGGUCAAACCUGAUGAGAGCCAAAGGGAUAAAAGUCCAGAUGACAAUGGUGGAAAAUUAUAUGAGGAUCCUGCUCAUCGCUUGGUUGCAAACAACAACCAUGAUCUUAGUUUUAAAAGGGAAUCAGUUAUAGGAAAUGACAAUAAGGACCUAGGUGUUAGAAGAGAAACUCCCCUAUCUUUUGAUAUGAAAGACCAUCUUGCUUUAAAGACAAAUUUUAAAGCUGGAGGUAAUGCUGAUUUAGAUGAAAUGAAUGCUCAUCACCAAGUUAGACCACCGGUUAAUAACGGCCUAGACAAUGAUAAUGAACAAAUCAGAAAUGGUCUGGACACUAAUCAAGAUGAGAGACCAGAGAUAAAUCCUAAUGAUGCACAAAAAGGACAAAUCCUUGGGCCAUAUCUAGGCAAAGAUAAAGAUGAGCAGAGAAAUGAAGGUCACAGGGAAAACUCCAGGAGGGAAGAUUACAACAUGGACACAGGAGUGAAGGUAGAUGAGGAUGAUAAUGAUGUUGUCCAGGAGCAUAAGGCUCCUUUGGCUUUAGGUCAGAUCCAGGAACCUAAUGCAAUGGAUAAUGGACUGGACGGUGCCAAGAGCAAGGUUGAUGGGCAACAGAUGCCACCAAUUAUAAAUGAAGAGAAUGAAAGAAAUGAAAAUGCUGCUGGUUUUAAGGAUCUGAAUCCAGUGAAAAGAAAGGAAAACCAGUACUUUGGAGAAGAUGGAAAUGCUCAAAAGUUGGAUAUCGGUGAGGAGGAACAGCAAGGUGAAGAUGAACAAGACAGAGAAGGGAGGGAUGAUCGGGAUCAGUUCCCAGAGGACCAAGCCAACCAAGAAAAUGAUAACCAAGAUUUAGACGCUGCUAACAACUAAGGAAUUUUCCUUAACCUGUUGUGCAGCUAACAAGGAAUCGUUGAAAGUUGUAAAUCCAGUGGAACCAGACAUUUAAUCAGAGCCAGGGAAACUACUGUGGAAAUGAUGGGGAGGGCUGAAAUUGUCUAACUGCCUGUAGGAGAACAUGUUUUUAUUUCAAUAUCAAAAUAUGUUGAUGCAAUGUCAAGUGCUCAAUAACAAAUAGAAAUACAAUGGUAUGCUUUCAGACUUGUGAGAUUAGUAGUAGUUCUUUGAUUUGUUUUUGAAUUUCAUUCCAAAUAAUAUUUUGCAAAUUCUUUUUAGAUUUUUUUUAAAAUCUCUUAUUAAAUGUUCUUUCUCAACCUGUCCAUUAUCUGCCAAAGGUGGAUUUAAAUAGUUACUUGGUUAACCCUAUGAUUUUUUUUACACUUUAUUAUAUUCCAUGUGUACAGCAAGCAUCCGGGGAUAUAUUUUUAUGGUGUUUUUUUGUAGCCCUUGUACAUAUUUUCUAGAAUCCAGUGGGUUUCAAGUUGUUAGUAUGUGUUCAUUGUUGUCCUAGGUAUGUAUAGGUUAAACAUGUAAACAGCUCUUGAAGCCAGUCUUUUUGCAUCUGAUCCUGCUUGUGUAACUCAAAUCUUAAUCCAAGUGGAUUUUUUGUUAUUUCUAGCUGUCAUUGAAUAAGCCAUUUAUUGGGUCUGAUGUUUUUUGAUGAUUUAUGGCUGGAGAACAAAAAGGUUCCUAUAUUAUCUGGGAAAAAAAACAGUAUCUUCUAUCCAGCUGUAGCAAAAACAAGUUAAAAAUUAAAUUUUCCAUUUUAUUAUAAAAGGCUGAUAGCAAAAAAUUGACUAUAAUUCAAUGUCCAUUGAAGUAGAUUAAAACAUAGCGUUUAUAAUUUUAUCAGUUGUUUUUUCUCCCCACCCCAAACCUUACCCAACCUGCUCCCUUCGUAGUUAAAUUUUCAUGAACAAAAUAGUAGCUCUACUAAGUUUAAUGACAAUGUUGUUGAUGAUGUGGUGUUGUUUCUUUUUUAACUAUAAGAAAAUAUUUUGCAACUAUCCUCCAGUGUGAUAUAAAUGAUAUCCAAAUGUAGUAAGAAUAUUCUAUUCUUGAAUUAAUUAAACUGUUACUAGCUUUACUUUCAUUUCUAAAUCUGUAAAAUAUCUGGGUUUUUUUAUUGAAUUGAAUUAAAAUUCAAUUUACUAUGUAUGUGACUCGCAAUUAAGGUGUUUCAUCUUUUCAUGCAGUUUGUGAAAUAUCCAUUAUCUGCAAUUCAUAUUUAAAUGUGUUAAGGUAUGCUGAAGGAGCUAAACUGUUGUGAUUUAUGGAUUGCGUAUAGAUCUAUAUUGUACACAUUCAUUUGAUGUUUUGGAGCAUAUGAGCCUUAAAAUGUGUGCUGUAUGUUUAAAAUUUGAGGUCAUGAUGAAAGUUGACUGAUUGGAGUUUGUGUACAAAUAUUAAGAGACUAUUACGGUAUUUUUAUUUUUAUACAUUCAAUUUUAUUUUUUUUAUUUUCCAUGUUUAGAAAUUUGAUUUAAUUAAGCUUUAUACUAAUGUGCUAUAUUAUUUCAUAUGUAUGGUGAAAAAAAAGAUUCUUGGGUUGAACUUUUCCUUGGGAUACUAAAGUGACUAAAUGUAUUGAUAAUUAUAUUUAAUGAUCAACUAUAUUUGCCUUGGUUAUUGAUCUGUUAGUUAAGUUCUUUUCAAAGUACCAAGUGAUACUGUUAUUACUUGACUAAUUAGGAUUCAACAGAACUUUCACAUUAUUUUCAGCUUAAUUGUUAAAACACUAUUAUGCUUGAACCUGAUAACUUUUAAAAAAUUGUCAUCAAGAUUUUAAUGAAUCUAGCUUUAUUCUUUCAUUUUAAGUACCUAAGAUAUAGUUUUCAACAUAUUUUUUUUCUCUGAUUAGAUCUUGUGAUAAUGGUCUGCAAAACUGUGAUUUAAAUGAAGUUUUUCAAAUGAAUUGUCUGGAUAUAAAAUUUGGAAGAAGGCCCAAAUUAAAUUGAUUCUACUGCCAUUUUUAUGUAAUGUUUUAACCUUUCUGGUGUCUGCUGGUUUUCAACAACUAUACAAUUAACUAACUUUUACAUGACUAACUGGUGUUAGGGGGUAUUUGCAUUCAAUUUUAACAAAAAAUAGUGUAUCAAUGACACCAUGCAUAAUAUUUUUUAAUGUAUAUAAUCAAAUAUUAAAUUGGGUUAGAACAAGGGGGGUUGUUACCUCUGUUAGUAAUUUUCAUAUAAAUUGGUAUAAGAAUAGUUUUAUUUUCAACUUUAUAAUUUACAGCUUUAAUGUUUUAUGAAAAGGUUGGAUUCUCUUAUUUAACAGAAAUUGAUCAUUCUGAAGGUGAUGAAUGUUGUAUAAAAAUGUAACAAGGAAAUAACUUGCUAUGUUGCAUCAUAAGGCAUUGUUGUUCCAUUUUAAAAUGCACUAAAUAUUUUUCAAGAU